ACCGAGCACGGCUGAGAGUUGUUUGUUUGUUUUCAACUCGUUUCUGCCGAAAUGUUCCUGUAGUCUGUGCCGAGGCGAGCCGUCAAGAUGGAGGCCAUGGAGGACGACAGCGCCGAGCUGAAAGACGACCACAACCACAACUACUGCGGCGGCGGCGGCGGCGCAAAAGUCCGGGCGGAGCUUAGCGGCCAGCCACCGGACGGAAUGAGCGCCGCUCAGCCCGUCUGUGCCCCGGUACCGGGCGGAGAACCGGCGAAGCGGCAGGGGCAACCGUGGUCCGGUAGCCCGUGCGGGUCAAAAUUCAUGGACUCGGACACGGGCAGCGAGAGCAGCGAAGUCAGCGAGACGGACUGCGCGGCCGCUAACGCCGAGGAGAAGCCCAGCCUCGACUCCACUCCCAAGUUCCUGUUGAACGCCAUGGCCGUGGAGGACUACCGGAAAAACCACUGGCCCAACCUGGAGGAGGCGAUAGACCGCCUGCUCAUCCAGAACCUCUCGGACCACAUCUCUGUCUCCUACGCGCAGAUCUACGGCUACGUCUACAAGUGUGUUUGCCAGCAGCAUUCUGAGCUGCUCUACGGCGACCUGACGUCCAAAAUAACAGCUCACCUGCUGCAGGUUGCCACGCAGCUGCAGGCCAGCCCACCUGAGAACCUGAUUGAGAACUUCAACGUCGCUCUGACUCAGUACUUGGCGUCUCUUCAGUGCAUCGUCCCAGUCUUUAUAUACUUGAACAAGUUUUAUAUUGAGUCCAAACUGAACAGAGACCUGAAAGAGGACCUGAUGAAGCUGUUCGCGGACCAUGUUGCAGAAAAACAUCUAAGCAAGUUGAUGCCUUUGCUCAUUAAAGCUCACUCCAUGCCCUUUCAAGUACAACCGUCGACGAUGGCCAGCGUGGUCAAAGGCCUCUACAGCCUACGCCCAGAGUGGGCCCAGCUGGCGCCGGCCCUCUUCUCCAGCUUCAUUCCUCAAAUCCACCCUCCCGCCGUGGAGUCUCGGCUGCCCGACUACGCCGAUCACGACCGCAAGCUGCAGAUGGAGCUCUCCAUGAACGGUUUUCCACGGGGGGACCAGUCCCGCAAGCGUGCCAGCGAGGACUCCUGAUGGCGACGGUGCCUCCUACAUCUUUAUCACAGCUGCUGCACUAAAUAGAAAUUCAACGACGCUCAU